AGAAGACGCUAGUUGUGCUGGUCAGAUUCUCUCUUGAUUUCUACAUCGUCUUUGGUUUGAUUACCCAUCCAAGAUGGCGGCGCUUGUGGGACUGCGUGCAUGUUACUCUGCUCUUCAGCUGUCCUCGCCAGGUCUCCUGCACAGCGCCUAUAAAUUGUGUGCUGUGCCUCUGAGUCGGCGGACCUUUGCUGCAGAGGUCAAGAAGACAUACAGCAGAGAGAAGCCCCAUGUGAACAUUGGAACAAUUGGUCAUGUUGAUCACGGAAAGACAACUCUGACUGCAGCCAUCACGAAAGUGCUCGCUGACGCUGGUGGUGCUAACUAUAAAAAGUAUGAGGACAUUGACAAUGCCCCCGAGGAAAAGGCGAGAGGAAUCACCAUCAACGCCUCUCAUGUAGAAUACACCACAGCCAACAGACAUUAUGCUCACACAGACUGUCCUGGUCAUGCUGACUACGUCAAGAACAUGAUUACGGGCACAGCUCAUAUGGACGGCUGCAUCCUGGUGGUGGCGGGCACCGACGGCCAGAUGCCUCAGACACGAGAGCACCUCCUGUUGGCCAGGCAGAUCGGCGUGGAGCACGUGGUGGUUUACAUCAACAAGGCUGAUGUUGUGGAGGACAAGGAGAUGCUGGAGCUGGUGGAGAUCGAGAUCCGCGAGCUGCUCACAGAGUUCGGCUAUGAUGGCGAUAAUGCACCUGUUGUGAUUGGCUCCGCCCUCUGCGCCCUGGAGAACAAAGAGCCUGAACUUGGUGUGAAUUCCAUAAUGAAACUACUGGACAUUGUGGAUUCUUACGUUCCUCUGCCCAAAAGAGAGCUGGACAAACCUUUUCUUCUGCCCAUCGAAAUGACUUAUUCAAUCCCAGGCAGGGGAACGGUGGUGUCGGGCACUUUGGAGAGGGGCGUCAUCAAGAAAGGAGACGAAUGUGAGUUUGUGGGCCACAAUCGGAACUUCAAGUCAGUGGUUACAGGUGUUGAGAUGUUCCACAAGUCUCUGGAUCGGGCAGAGGCAGGAGAUAACCUGGGCGCUCUGAUCCGUGGACUGAAGAGAGAAGAUGUUAGGAGAGGGAUGGUGAUGUGUAAACCAGGAGCCAUCCAGCCCCACCAGAAAAUCAAGGCCCAGGUUUACAUUCUGAGUAAGGAGGAGGGAGGCAGACACAAACCGUUUGUCAGCAACUUCAUGCCCGUCAUGUUCUCUCUAACCUGGGACAUGAGCUGCAGAAUCACUCUGCCGGAAGGAAAGGAGAUGGUGAUGCCAGGAGAGGACACCUCCUUGACGCUCCUGCUCCGCAACCCCAUGGUUCUGGAGAAAGGCCAGAGAUUCACUCUAAGAGACGGAGGCAAAACCAUCGGCACGGGCCUGGUCACAGACACCCUGCCGACCACAGAUCAGGAUCAGACCAACUGGGGCUGAAGGGAAGCUGGACACAGAGAGCAGCGCUGGGGGGAGGGGAUCUGUUUGGAGUCGUCUGUGUCUGGUCAAAUCAAAUAAUUAUAGGAAUAUUCAAUUACCGCGCAUAAACCCAUGUACAAAGCUCAAACAAGAAAAGACUCAAACAAACGCAUGGCUCUGUUGUGCAGGUCCAUCCCAAAUACCUGAAAUGUUCAGCACUGUCUUUAUGUUUAAAGGCCAGACUAUCAAAAUUAUGUCAUUUAUGUAAUAAAAUGUAUUUAAUAAUAAAAUACCUCCUUUUCUGUGG